AUGCUGAGCGCGCGGUUCACGCUCGAUUCAAUGGUGGUGGUGGUGUUGCUUCUGGGCAACAUGCUCGACGGGGUGCUGGGCGCCAGCCCUCAAGCAACCCCCAAAAAGCAAAAGCUGGCACUGUGCACGCCCAUCAACGCUUUGAAGAAGUGCUCCAAGGCCGGCCCAGCCCUUGUAGACCAGCUGUGCGCCGAGCUGCUGGCACCCGCCAACGCAACAGCCGACAGCAAGGACCCCACCAAGUUGCGCUACGGCUGCGGCGUGGCCACCGCUGCCCAGGUCAACAAAGUGUCGAGUGACCUGGCAGCCCUCGAGCCCAAGGUCAACGCCGCCGCCGCCCAGGCCAGCUCUGUGGCUGCUCUUGUGAAGGAAAGCAACCAGACUGCGGCGCUGCGUGCCGAGAUAGAUGCACUCCGGGCGGCAAUCGUGGCGCUCACCGCCAACACGCAGGGCCUGCAGGCCAACGCGUCCAAUGCUGCCCGAGAGAUUGCGGCUCUUACUGCAGCAAACCAGACCGCUGCGCGAGAGGUUGCGGCGCUCACCGCCCAAGUGCAGGAGCUGAAGGCAAUCACGACCAACACCACCGUCCCAGCCGGCGUUGCCCAGCAGAUCGCCGCCCUUGCAGCAGCCGACGCACUCACCACCCAGCAGCUGACCUUGCUGCAGGCGGCAAACCAGACCGCCGUCCAGGACAUCAGGGCGCUCAACAACACCCUGGCAGCCCUCAGAUCGGCACAGCAGGCGAACGAGGCAGCAAUCUCCCUGGCCAACGCCACCGUUGAGUCCAUCAAGUCUGUCGUCACCACGGGCGCAGCGGCUGUCGCGGCGGUCAACACCAGCCUCGCUAACCUAACAACCAUCGUAGCCAACGUGUCUGCCAUCGACUUCAGCGUUUUUGCAAAAUCCACGGACCUGGCCAACCUCAACGCGGUCACACUGGGCGGCGUCCCUGCGGCGCAAUUCCUGCGCUCGCGGGUGGUGCUCUACCGUGCAUCUAAUGCCAGGAUCUUGGGAAACCUUGGUGGCCGGUCUGGCACUGACGCCCUGUGCAGCGCCUCGCCGUUCAGGCCCGCCGGGCUUGUGGUGACGCGUGCGUUCCUUUCGACGUCUGCAUCCGACCAGAUUUCUGAUUUCACUGCCCUUUACGGGGUUCCCAGCAGCCUGCCCAUUGAGUCUCCGAGUGGUGUUGUCCUGGCCAGCAACUUCACGACCCUGCUGGGGGGCAGCAUCCAGAGGAGUUUGCGAGAUGCGGGCGUGUUCACAAGCCUGGUGAACUGGUGGUCGGGCUCUGAUGCCUCGGGCAAUGUGGCUGACACCUGCUCGGGAUUCACGUCAUCCACGGUCACGACUCAAG